AUGAUUGUGUCUCGAGAAGCACUUGAACUUGUUUACAAAAAAUCAGCGUUGCUAACUACGGAUCCAUGCCAGCUACCAUUGUCGCAAGGAAUCAUCAAUGAUGGUGGGCCGUACACACGUUGGUUCUACGAUCGUAUUUCCGGUUCCUGCAAGCCAUUCCAGUACGCUGGUAUUGGUGGCAACCAAAAUAACUUCUUAACAAGAAGCGACUGCGCCAAACGUUGCCCAGCAUCCAUGUCACCGUGCAGCUUACCGGUUGAAAUUGGGCGUGGUUCAAGUAGUUUGAGGCGAGUGUAUUACAAUCCAGUCCUACGGCAGUGCAUUCCUUUUGUCUAUUCCGGAUUGGGUGGAAAUGAAAAUAACUUCCUGACAAUGCAGGAAUGCACGGUACAGUGUUUGAGUCAGCAGUUCAACGUCCCCUUUUCAGAUUCAGGUGUGUUCUCAUGA